UUCCAAGUCUCUGUUAUACUCUCUUUUCUUAUAAUAUUCUCUUCUUUUUGUUACUUACGUACGAGCAAGAAUCAAAUUUAAGCAUCUCGAUCAGUUUUCAUCAAAAUGACUUCCAUUGCUAUAGGUUUGGUUGCCUUUGGUGGAGAUCACAGAAAGUUGUUUCAGAUGAUACCAGAUGAUGUUAAGAAGACAUGGAACGAGUGGGCAUUAGAGGGAUUGAUUUUGAUCAGUAUUUGUUCUCAGGUUCUCUUAUUUCUACUUGGCAAUCUUCGCAAGUAUGAUCCAAGAACACGAAUCAGGCUCACUCUCUGGUGUGCCUACUUAACAGCAAAUGCGGUUGCAUCAGCUGCUCUUGGUGUCAUUACUCAAACUGCCUUAGAUGUAUGCAACAAGUCUAAACCAACUUCACAAUCUCAAAAACUGAACACAAGCGAGCUCAUGUCUUUUUGGGCCCCGUUUCUCCUUCUUCACCUUGGUGGUCCAGACACCAUUACCGCCUACUCUCUAGAAGAUAAUGAGCUUUGGUUAAGGCACAUGGUGGAACUUGUUUUUCAGUCAGGACUAGCUCUCUAUAUCCUCUUGUUGUCGUGGCCGGGUUGUUCUCAUCUCCCCCUACUAAGCUUACUAGCUUAUGUAGCCGGUUUUAUCAAGUGUUAUGAACGUGUUCAGGCUCUACGGUUAGCAAACACGGAGCGUCUCCGUGACUCAAUGCUUGGUUCUCCCGAUCCAGGUCCCAAUUUUCCCAAAUUUAUGGAGGAGUUUGAAUUGAAGAAAACACAGGGGUUCUUUGUGAAGGUUGAUCAGGUCACUGAGGCCCCGGAAAUUAAACAUGCUUGCCCUGAAGGUCAGAGUCAGAGAAUAUCGGAAGCUUAUGGUCUAUUUCAAACAUUCAAACGGAUGUUUGUUGAUCUUAUCCUCACAUUUGAAGAUCGAGAUAAUAGCCAAUUAUACUUCAUACGUCUUAAAACUAGUGAAAUUUUCACUGCUAUGGAGAUUGAACUUGGAUUUGCAUAUGACAUGUUUUACACGAAGGCUAAUGUCGUGUAUACCUUUGUAGGGCUCGCAAUUCGCCUCACUAGUGUUUCCUUAAUUAUUAUGGUGCUCACCGGCUUCAUUUUUCUGUGUAAUAUGGACGAUUACCGAGUCAUUGACAUAGUAAUUACUUACCUAUUAAUUGCAACGGCGGUUUUAAUGGAAGUUUUUGCAGUUAUUACCAUGAUGCGUUCUGAUUGGGCCGACCACUGGUUGAGCCAACACAACUACACUCGCAACAUCCUCGUCUUCCCAUUCUUGAAGCAGCCUACAAGACUAAGAUGGUCCAAUUCGAUUGCGCAGCUAGACCUACUAAGUGUCGCCCUUGAGGAGAAGCCUCCUAUCUUUUUAUCAGCUCAGAAAUUCUUUGGGAUUGAUCAGUACCGCGUGAAGCACCGUUACAAGACGUAUAUCAAUGUUUCUAACGAUAUAAAAGAUCUUAUUUACAUGCAAUUUAAGGAGUUUAUAAAUAGCAGCCCUGAUACCAAAUCAUUAUGUAGUCACAAAGGUAGCUUUUCUCUCGGCCGAUCAAACAAGUGUGAUGCUCUUCUAUGGAGUAUCACUAAAGUGGAGUUUGAUCAAAGUAUUCUUAUAUGGCAUAUUGCUACCACUCUUUGUUAUUUCUCGGAUCAUGAAGAAAAAGCAGAAUGUGACAACGUCUGCCGUGUGGAAAGCAAGCACAUGUCUGACUACCUGAUGCAUCUUCUCAUGACAUACCCUGCUAUGUUGCCGAAAGGUAUUGGCAUGAUCAGGUUUCGUGAUACUUGUGCUGAUGCCACGCGUUUUUUCAAAGAGAAAGAGCCUGUUGAUGGGCUGGCUGUGGCUUGUAGAAAGUUGCUUGAAGUAAAUUGUACAGAAGUGCAGCCCAGUGAUGUAAAGGGGGAUCGAUCAAAAUCAGUUUUAUUUGACGGCUGCAGACUUGCAGUGACUCUGAGAGAGAUGGAAAAGAAAGAUAUGUGGGAAAUCACGAGUCAAGUCUGGGUCGAGAUCUUAGCUUAUGCUGCUACUCAAUGCAAAGGGUUUCACCAUGCGCAGCAGCUUCGGAAAGGGGGAGAGUUUCUGACUCAUGUUUGGCUUCUGAUGGCCCAUUUGGGGAUCACCGAGCAGUUCCAGGUAUCUCAAGGCCAUGCUAGAGCUAGACUCAAUGUAUCAUGAGUACAAUUCCGGUUCAAUUCAGGAACCAAUAUAUAUUCUUUAUUCUUGCUGUAAA